AUAAACGUCAAAAACAAAUGACGUUUCACUUGCCAAGCCGCAUUCGAUACACGCGAUACACGUGAUAAUUUUUGCCAGCUUUUGAAAGGACGUUUCCUAGGAUUCGUCCAUUUUGAUCUUACCUUUUGUAUGGUCUGUACCUUAUUGUCGAUUUUUUCUUUAUUUUCGAGAGCCAUGGCUGCGAAUAAAGAAAGGACUUUUAUCAUGGUCAAGCCUGACGGUGUCCAGAGGGGUCUCGUCGGUAAAAUCAUCAAGAAAUUCGAACAAAAAGGCUUUAAACUAGUCGCCCUGAAAUUCGUAUGGGCAUCUGAAGAACUUUUGAAACAACAUUACUCAGACUUGGCUGGACGUCCAUUCUUCCCUGGUCUAGUUAAAUACAUGUCUUCUGGUCCUGUUGUUCCCAUGGUAUGGGAAGGUUUAAAUGUGGUCAAGACUGGCCGUGUUCUUCUUGGAGCUACCAAUCCAGCCGACAGUGCCCCUGGAACCAUCAGAGGUGAUCUCUGUAUCCAGGUUGGAAGAAAUAUUAUCCAUGGUUCUGAUGCUGUAGAAUCGGCCAAUAAAGAAAUUGCCUUAUGGUUUAAUGAGAAAGAGCUGGUCACUUGGCAACCAGCUACCCAAGCCUGGGUAUAUGAAGACUAAAAGUGAGAUUAUAGAACAGUUCUAUAGGUUUUAGGCAAGAAAAAUCCACUCAAUCUUAAGUUUUAAUUUUAUAAAAAAUUAAGCAUCAAGAAGAACUAUUAAGUAAUUUUAUAUUUUGUUUACCAUUAAACUAUUUUUAGAAUCAACUGAAACCAGUAACAAGUGCUUUAUAUCGAAAAAUAAAUAAAUUGUUCCACAUUU